AUGUCUGCAGCUGUGGCGUCGCUUCGGUGGCCGGAUGAGGAGAAUCAGAGCCGCCCAUUGACUCUUGUCCACGGGGACAGGCGAGCGGAGCCUCGGGGACACCAGGUGACACCCUCCCUCCCGCACACACCGACGCCCUCGACGCCGCCGCUGCGGGGAGAAACGGCCAAAGUCGCGCGGGGAAGGACGCCCGCCGCGCGGCUCUCCGGCUCUCGCCGCUCGCUGGGCCAAGGCGUUCAUUUCGGCCGCGCGGGGAAGCGCCGCCGUUGCGUCGCGCGCCAGCCACCUGUGAGCUUCAAGGACGUGGUUGUGACCUUCACGCGGGAGGAGUGGGGACAGCUGGACCCAGCCCAGAGGACAUUGUACAUCACCAUCACUCUGGAGACCUGUGACCACCUGCUCUCCCUGGAUGACCAAGUCCCAUUGACCAGGGCUUCUGCUUUCCAAACCAGAUGUGAUCUCCUGGCUGGAGCUGUAUGA